AGCUGCGGCACCUUCAGGCUGUGCUGGAACAUAUGAUGCUCUUGCUAAGCUCGUGAUUUCAUCUCUGAAACAAGACCAUGGAUGGUGGCAAGCAGUUCAAGGUCACCCUUGCUUUCAGCCUUCCUCUAAUUUUUCAGUUCUGCGCCGGGAACAACGUCACUGAUGACUAUGACUCCAACACCACCAUUGACUACACCAUGUUUGAGAUCCUGUGCGAGAAGGAAGAAGUCCGUAACUUCCGCGCUGCCUUCCUCCCAGCCAUGUACUCCCUCAUCUGCUUCACGGGGCUGCUGGGGAACGGGCUGGUGAUGCUCACCUACAUCUACUUCAAGAGGCUCAAGACCAUGACGGAUAUCUAUCUGCUGAACCUGGCUCUGGCAGACAUCCUCUUCCUGCUGACCCUCCCCUUUUGGGCCACGAGUGCAGCCAUGCACUGGCUUUUUGGGGAGUUUGCCUGCAAAGCCGUUUACUGCAUCUGCAAGAUGAGUUUCUUCAGUGGGAUGCUGCUCCUCCUGUCCAUCAGCAUCGACAGGUACUUUGCCAUCGUUCAGGCUGCCUCAGCCCACCGCUUCCGUCCCCGGAUGAUAUUCAUCAGCAAGGUCACAUGCAUCCUCAUUUGGCUCCUGGCCUUCAUCCUCUCAAUCCCUGAGCUGGUUCACAGCGGUGUAAAUAACUCAACCAGCCAUCCCCGCUGUUCCAUCAUCGCUAAUGACUUGCAGACCUUCAACACUGGCAUCAAAGUGUCCCAAAUGGUUUUUGGCUUCUUACUUCCCCUACUGGUCAUGUCUUUCUGCUACCUCAUCAUCAUCAAAACAUUACUCCAGGCCCGCAACUUUGAGAAGAAUAAAGCCAUCAAGGUCAUCAUCGCCGUGGUAAUUGUCUUCGUUGUCUUCCAGCUGCCCUACAAUGGCGUCAUGCUGGCCAAGACCAUCUCAGCCUUCAACCAAACCAGCUCAUGUGAGGAGAGCAAGAAGCUCGACGUGGCAGAUGAUGUGACCUACACUCUCGCCUGCUUCCGAUGCUGCCUCAAUCCUUUCCUCUACGCCUUCAUCGGUGUCAAAUUCCGCAACGACCUCUUCAAGCUCCUGAAGGAGCUGGGCUGCCUGAGCCAGGAGCGCCUCUGGCAAUUGUCCACGUGCCGUGAGAGCAAGAGGUUUUCCUUUGCCAUGGAGACAGAGACAACCACCACCUUCUCCCCAUGAGCUGAGCUCUAGCCAGGCUUUGACCAAGGUAGAAGAGUUUUGUACACUUCAUCUAUUCUGAAUUACUGGUAGAGCAAGACCUGCCACUACUGUGGAAAAGGCACCUGUAAGAGGAAAACCCAGGAGCCCCCCAAUAUUCCAGGCAACAAGCACUGCUAACCAAUAUUCCCAUGGAUGGAGAGACUUGAUAAAGCUGGGACUAAUAGAAAAGCAAGGGGGAGAGAGAUCUGCAAGCCUACAGUUUAUCACAUCGUUUCACCUUUGGUCUUUCCUAGUCAAAAUGAGAAAUGCUCAAAAUAGAACAUUUUCCCUAACGGCAACGAAUACCAAGCAAAAGAGACAUAUGUGCAACAGAAUUGCUUGGUUUAGAGCUGAACUUCCAAGAACACCAUCCUUGCUUUGACUGUUGCUUUUAACAAGACUACAUAUUGCUCUUCCAUACCUACAAAAAUUAUGGCUGUUGAACUGAUUCAGCCUUCAAGACAAAACAGCACCAGCAGCCUCAGGCUCCAAGCUUAAUCCAAAACACAAUAUAAGCUGUGAAGUAUCCUAGCACACAACUCUCUGCUCUGCCUUUCCCCCUGAAAAAUGAGAAAUUUACAUAACUAAUACUAAAUCCGUAUAUAUUAUAUACAUCAUUUCAAUAACUUUGCAUAUUACUGUGGCAACUCAUACAUUUGUCAGGAAAAGUACAAAGUCCACUUCACUUCUGCCUGUGUCUGGUGUUUCAUCUAUGAAGAAGGUGCAUCCUAAGGAGCACAAGUUAUUCCAUCCCAACAUCGACUUGAAUCCUUUAGAAAUGCCACUCUACUCUGGAAGGAAAGUCUGCUUUAGCUUCUGAAAGGGCAACUGCCUGCACAAGGCUGAUGCAGGGGUAGCUAGCACGGUUUAGAUUCAAACUUUUUGCACAAAGACAAAUUACUUACAAGCUCCAAAUAACCAAUGUCUUUCCAAUCACCAAGCAUACAAACUCACGCUAAGAAACAGAUACUUCUGCACCAAUUCAGCCAGGUGCUUAAAAUACAUUUUUAUCCCUCAGCCAUGCAGCCUGUCUCAAUGUGAUCCUUACUCCAGACAUGCUGAGGGACUGUUUACGCACUCACUUGAUAUAAAGGAUGUGUUUUAGUGGACUAGUGCCAGAAUCUUCAAGCCCAAGGCAAAUUUGUACACUUUUCUUAAGGCAAAACGCUCAAAUUCAGAAUAUACUUGAGCCUAUAGUCCAACCACUUCAUUCUGCCAGUAUCUGAAGCUUGCUUGUACCCAGCUUUAUCGACUGCUGCGGACACAGUCUGUUGAUUUUCACAUACAUGUGGUGGCCUUCUGUGCUAUUGCUUGCUGACCUCAAGAGAUAAACAAGAAUGUGGGUCAGCUUCUCCCUUUCCAAUCAACAUGUCUUUCUAGAAGGACGUUAGCAGCUGGCUUUUGAGUCAGAUGGGUAUUUCACUUAUAAGCUAUUGAAAACAUGUUUUGCAUUCAUACGUCAGUGCUAAUAAAGAUGCCAUUCACUGUGGUUUGAUUUAAAUGCAAAGGACAGUCACGCGUUGAAGAUUACUGCCAGGGUCACGUACUUGAAAGGAACAUGGCAGCUGAACAACAGAUUAUUGUCAUGUAAAAUAAGACCUUGAAAAGAAGCCCAGAAUGUAAUGCCAGUUGGUGCAUUUACUGGAAGAGCGAGGAUGCCUGCCGACAGAUGAAUACCCUGGGAACUGCUGUCGUGGGACGUCUGAAUGUCAACUGGGGAGGAGUUGCUGCAAUUGUUUGUGCAUCUGUUACCGACCCGUGCUCUGAUCCCCGUGGCGCAGAGCCCUCCCCAGAGCCAGGCCUCAGUGGCAGGAGGUCCUGGCCAGGAACCGCUCUUGGUGCUGGGCAGGAGCAGGUUAACUCAGCGGAGGUGCGCAGCCUCAGCCUCCAGAGCUGCGGCCAGACCCGUUUGUGAGAACCGUCAGGCAUGCUCCAGCAGACAUACAGAGCAAAACACUCCUACUAAAGAGACAUUUAUACUGUGUUCAAUGUCACACAUGGAACCAUUAGCAGCAAUACAGGGAAGUUUCUGGAUCCUAGGUCAAAGCCCAUUGCUUUAUCAACCUUCCAAGGAGAGAAUUCAAUUAGCUGGUUUUGAGACAAUGUUGCCAGUUAUAUAGCUGGCUGCUAUAUUGGUUAAGUAAAUUCUUCUUCAUAAACCAUUUGGCUCUGGGGUAUGGGAUUUUGCCAAACGCUGGUCUUCCGGACGAAAGCACAUGCUGCUCUGCGUGCCCUGUCUAUGCAGAAGUACAAUCCCAUCCAAUCAUUUAACACGUUUUCUUUUAUAAUGCCCCUGUAACAUGUACAGAAGGGCUGCUUCUCUGUCAUAUAAGGUGGGGGGUUAUGACUGACACUGAAUAGUCCUUUGUUCUUAGUUUGCUCUUAUAGUCCUUACUCAGGCAAGACACUCAGCUAACAAGAACUGUGCCAGAGCAAGGAAUACCCAUAAUACAGGGCCUUUUUUAUUUUCUUCAUCAGUACAAAUAUAUUCUAAAUGUAUAUUCAUAUACAUAAAGCUGCUUUACACAUAAAAAGUUAAAUAUAUACAUGAAUGUACCCUGAAAAUACACUGCUUUAACUAAAACUUUUUAUGCAAAAUACGUUCACCUAACUUAUUCUAGCAAGGAAAACUGCUUCACCAAAACAUGCAUUUGCACUUGUCUCCUGUUUGAUAAAACCAUUCCCCUUCUACAAACUGAGUCUUCAGGUCUUUAUCAACUAGAUGUAUUCUAAAUAGGAAAGCAUGCAGCUGCUUCCAUACAAACGAGAUACUAAAAGCAUCAUCCAGGACACCUGUAUCUGGUGCCUCCUCAACAAGGCAGCAGGGACUUCAGAGUGCAUAGCUUUUUCACAAAUUUCCCACUGAUUUAGAUGAUUCAUGUUAACACUGGCCUAAGAUCUGAACUUAAGAUUCUUCACUGAAGUCAGAAAACUGACCGUGUUUUGCUAUUUGUUGAAAAUAAAUUAUAACGUUUUAAAAAAAAA